AUGGGCAGAUCUGGCGCGGGUAAUAGAGGAUGGGGUCGGACGGCGGUGGGUGGCGCGGAGGCUGGUGAGGAUCUGGUGGUUCUGGCGGCGGAGCUAGGGGGUUUUGCUGCGGAAACCCUAGAUCUGAAGCGGUGUUCUCGGAUUCGACGGAAACCCUUGCAAAGGGACGAAUCAACUCACACUACUCACAGAAUCUUCAUCUCCUCGCAAAAUAUUUCACUCCUUUCGUCGGCAUCACAUUCAUCAAUCGACAAAAUGAAGAUUAAGAUUGUGGUGAGGGUGUCGAUGAACGACGAGAAAUCCCGAUCCAAAGCCCUAAAAAUUUCGGUGGGGAUAUCGGGCGUGGAAUCGGCGGCGCUGGCGGGGGCGUCGAAGGAUCAGGUGGUGGUGGCGGGAGAGAGAAUCGACGCCGUGGAGCUCACGCGGUAGCUGAGGAAGGGCGUGGGUCACGCGGAGCUUGUGAGCGUGGGCGAGGACAAGAAGGAAGAGAAGCCCGCCGCUAGGAUGGAGGCACCGGCGCCGGCGCCGUCGGUGCCCCUCUGGUCCAACAGCUACCACCCGAUUUACGAAACGAGGCCCAGCGAUACCUGCACGAUUAUGUGAAUUGAGGGGUGGAUGAUGAUGAUGAAUAUCUGGGGAAUUUGAGUUCCAUUUUUUUUAAGAGGAAGAAGAAGAAGUGGUAAUAUGUUGUGGUAAAGGGAGCUCAUAAUUUUGGGUUUGUAAAUUAGGUGUUUAAUUAGCCUCUAAAAUAUAAUAUUUGGGUUUGUAAGUAGGUGUUGAAAUCUCUAAAUAUAAUAUAUGAUGAAUCAAUAAUCAUGAACGAAUGAAUCUAGAAACAAUAAUCAU